AUGGACACCAGAAUUUUGAUCUCCUGUAUGAGCGGGACGUAUUGCAACCAUUAUUCCAGGACACGAAUCUUGGAGACAAUUGCCUGGAGUUUUGAAGCACUUAGUACUGGCAAAUACCCAAGAUGUGAUCCAUGGGGACGCCCGUUUACGGCGCAAUACCAUCCUCACAGAAUGUUGGUGACUAUCAGUGAGUGGGCUGAUGUCAAUCCAGAGACACCCCUCAUGAGGAUUCCGGGGUGGUCGCCGUGGCGAAUCCUUCCAGACAUCAUGCAUAUAUGCUACCUUGCAUGUACGGUGGAUGUGAUAACCAGUUGCUUGCUGGACUGGAGCGAUUCGGCUUCUCUGUUCUUCAAUGGGUCAUCUCGUGAGAAAAGGCUGACACAACUCUGGGAAAACUACAGGUCCUGGUGUGAGUCCCAAGGGUAUGAUUUGGCUGACAGGGCCUCCCGAAAGUUAUUCUCAACAAGUGCAUUGAAGCCAGAGGCAGGUAAGUAUGUAGAAGUCUCCCAGAAGACUCUCAACGCUACAGCAGCACGGUAUAUGGCAUUUUGGGUGGCAUCGGUUUCCAAAAAAAUCGCUGAAUGGACAGGAGCUGAUCCAGAUAUGUUUCGAGCUGGUGCGGCGAUGGGACUGGCGGAGAUUGAAAUGGUGUGCCUACGUGGUGGCAGAGUUUUUUCACCCCCAGAAUGGACACAUUUUGAGUUUGGGUACUUGGUGUACAGGGCUGGUUUGAACAAGAUGGGGGCAAUAGCCCUUGAGAAAAAACAAACCAGAUGGAGACAGCGACCAAAGGGUCAUGGUCUUGAACACCUGGUUCAUGAUUUCCACGGGCUUAAUCCCCGUUACUGUAGCAAUUUCCUCGAUGAGGAUUUCGUGAGAAGAUCCAAAAAAUUGGCAAUUCAAUCCAAUGCCCGGUUUGUGUCGAAACAUGUUCUCUUUAGAUAUGCUAUCGCUGCCACACUGCGGUGGACGGAUUUGAAGCCCGAGUGAGAAAAAA